AUGUACCCCCUCUACUAUGAGAAGCAGAUCGUGAAGAAGCUCAUACAGCACGACUCCCUCAUUCUCCUGGCAGAUGGAUUUAACGAGCUGAAUAUUCUGGCCAUAUUCGUUUUUUACUAUCAGAAUAAGUGCCUGUGGUAUGAAAAAUGCCCAGAAGAGCAAAAUAUCUUCUUCGAGUUGUUCGGGCUUAACAUAAGCAAACGGGUUGAUGGCGACGAAGAUGAUGAACAGGUGGGCAGAGACAACCCUGACUGGGGUGAUAAGUCAAGAGAAAGUGCAACUUCACAGCGGGAACUCUUCAACACACCCAAACAGGUGAUAAGUGUGAAGGACAAACCGACCGGCUCAAUAGGGAAAGAUAGAAUAAGCAGCCUGUUGGACUCCUUCAAGUAUGACGCUUCCAAGACAUGCAAUGCGAACGAGGACCCACUCCUAGAGAGACACCAAAGGGAAGUGCAAAAAAUACAGGAUGAGAAAAAUGACAAAGCCACACCAACAGAGACACCCACACCAAAAGAGACACCCCCACCCGGGAAUCAAAACAAACUCAUAUUCAUCCUAAACGUGUCCCCAAAAGAGUACAACCUGUUUCUGAAGUACCAACUGGGUCUCUACGAGGAGGUGAGUAAACUGGACAAACAAUUUAAUAAUAAGAUAAAAAUAAAUUACCUCAAGACAGAGUAUAUAGCAACCCAAAAAUCAAAAGAAAGAAUCGAGCUGUACAUAAAGAGGGGAGUGUAUUUCAUCUCAUCCAACGUACUACUCAUAGAUAUGCUAACAUUUAAAAUCAUCCCCGAAAUAAUUGAUGGUAUCUUCCUCUGCAAAAACCACAAACUAAUAUAUAACACAAAAGAAGUAUUCAUAACGGAGCUCUACAGAAAGAGAAACAAAUAUGGCUUUAUAAAAGGGAUUAGUAACCAUAAAAGGUUAGUAAAUAGUAAGCAUAUAACAAAUUUAAGUCAAAAAUUAAGCAUAAAAAAGGUCUACUGUUAUCCCCGAUUUCAUAAAAAUGUACAUAUCUCUCUUAACAAUAACUUUUUACAACCAACCAUUUACGAAAUAAAUAUGGACGUCCCAUCCGAUAUGAACACAAUCGAGGAAAACUUACUCAAUCUAAUACACUACCUAAAUUUAGAAAUUAAAAAAUAUAAUACCUUUACGGAUUUUGAUAUAAAUGCACUCAUAUAUUCAGACAGCGCUGAAAAAUACACCAUGAAUUACAUCAAGAGCAAAAAUCUUACCUACAAUACAAAAAAAUUAUUAAAAGAAAUUAUUGUCCUGGCUCAUGUUCUUAACAAUCUCUACGUAUAUGACCAUGUAGUGUUCGAUAACUACCUUAACAACAUCAAGGAGGACGAUAAAGAAUCCAUAUGGCUCUACUGUAACGAGGCCAAUGAUAUUUUCUUUUUAUCUAGGGAAAGGAAAAUCAAUUUUUUAAAAGCCAUUAAUAUGAACCUAGAAUUGGAUAUCAACAACCAGCACAAUAUUCCUGUCGUCUUCCACAAAUUGAAGAACGACGGGAAAUAUUUCAACAAGGCGUAUGAAGUGAAGCGAACACAAAGUGAACUCUACAACUGGAUACACGAACUCGUUUUCCGACGCGAUAUACACUUCAAGGAGUUUAAAAAGAUGAUCCAAAACAGACAGCGCAACAGCGUCAAUGCGGAGGGUAGUUUGCCUUCCGCGCGCAAAAGGGGCACAGAACGCACCCCCCACGGAGACCUCCACGAUACCGCUCUCCUCCUCAAGAGGCCUAAAGAGGGGAGCGAAUCAAACACUGCAGCUUCGCAAAAAGGACAAAAUGAAAUAGAACUAGACCAAAGCAACCCCCAUGUGGUGACCUCCCAAAACGGGAGCUGCCCCCACGUCAAGGUCAAAAUUGAGCAGCGCACUCCGGAAAAACACGACACAACUGUGCAAAGUGAAGAGCCGUGCAACACGAAUGACAAAGUGAGUGCCCCUGAUGGGGGGACCAAAACGGACGCUUCGAAAGAUUCCUCACAAGUCUAUUCACAAGACGAAUCGCAAAAAAGAACAACUACUUGCCCAGCCGAGCAGAAAAUAAAGAAGGAAAAAAGAAACUCCGACACAGGAGAAGAAAAUCCCAAAAUAGAAGACCAAUCAAACAAUGAGUCACAUACCAAUGAAGCGAAAAGCGUGGCUGAAAAAACAGAACACAUAGAUGCAGAAAAAGUAGAAUACCCCAUCGCAAUAAUUGUAGAUAAUUACUACACCCAAAAAGAAAUUUACAACCUACUGCUCCACAAAAAUGAUAACACAGUAGAUAUGAAACUGUUCCGCCAGCCAGAAGAACAAACGCGUGAGUUUUACAUUUCAGACAAUUCGUAUAACUCCUCUUCCAACAGCUCAGAUGUCUUGUUUCGUAAAAUCAAAAACAUCAUGCGCUCAGAUAAUGUGGAUUACUACAUCCCUUACAAGCUCAUUAAAAACAAAACCACAUCCCUAAAAUAUAUAAAACCCCAUAUUUAUAUACUGUGUAUAAAUAAAAACUACGAUACGGUGUAUGCGCCGGACACCUUCAUCCAGGACUGCUCCCGCAAAAUUGAUGCGAUUAAUGCGAACACAAGGAAGGGAGCCAAUCCAUGCACGGAGGAAGGGGAAAACUUUCCUAGCAACGGUAGAGACACCACAAAGGUUGCCUCAUUAGAGGAUAUCACUUGCCGAUUGAAGAAAAAUAACGCAGCUUAUAAACGAAGGUGUGAUGAUCUAUUCCAAAUAAAUGAGUACUGUGGAAAUCUUGAAUUUUUGGAACUCUUUUUUAUGGAGGUAAAACCGUGCAGAAUUAUCCUGACCAAGCUGGACUUGAGUAUUUUUCGUAACGUUGAAAUUUACUGCGCCAGGUUGUUCCAGAACAAUGUAUAUAAACUACGUGGAGAAAGUUGUUUCCCUGAGGUGAUGAAGUACGAAGAGAAUAGCUGGAUGUAUGAUAACGUCGGAGAAGCGCAAUCCUUUUUGAAGAAGGAACAGGGAGGAAGCCCACACGCCGCGCGCGCUAAGCGAUAUUAUCUCGAGGCACUAAAUAAGGAUGCAAAUAAAUAUACAUCACCGUUUCACUUCGCUGACCGCGGGGCGCAAAACUUCAAGACGCUAGAAACCCUGAGCAGCGUGUGCAACACAGUCGAGGUGUUCCUCCUAUUCUACAAAAACAAUAUACUAUACAACAAGUACCUGAACGACGUUAAGGUGGAAAAAACUAAUUGGCUCAACUUUAUCGAAAAUAAAAACAAUUUCCUAUUUCAAGUAGACAGAAAUGUCUUCAACAAAAAUAAGGACCUCUUUAAAAAAGUCGUAGACUCCUAUUUUCUCUUCCAGAAAAGAUUUCGGCAAAACAAAAAAAAUCUCUUAAACUUCAACAAAGCCCUGUGUGAAGAAUUUAAAAAUUUCCAAGACGUAAAAGUGGAAGAACAAGUAGAAAAUAAUACAGCCUUCUUAAAUAAUCUCAACACAAACUACAUUAGUAUGGAGGAGGAAGAACUUUUUAUGCACAACUACAGAAAUAAAACAAGUAAAAAAAAUCAAAUCACACUCUCCAACCUGGACGAAAAAACAAUCUCAAAAAUUCAACAGGUGUUAGAAAAUUUUUCCAUAGAUUCCUUCAAUUUAAAUUUUAUCCUCUAUAGCAUUUUUAACAACACCAAGCCAAUCGUCAUUGUUGAUAUUAGGGAGUUAAAAUCUGACCUCUCCUACAAACUCUACACGAGCAAAAUACACAUCAUCCCCUACUCCCUCCUCGUUGGGGAUUAUGUCCUCACCAGGGAUAUCUGCGUUGAAAGGAAAACUAUCGUGGACCUCAUUCAAUCAUUAAACAGUAACAGACUCUAUAACCAGAUCAAUCAAAUGUCCAAAUAUUAUUCUGUCUAUGUGUUGCUAAUCGAAUUCAAUACAAAGCAUUUGUUUUACUUCUCUUCCCUUAGAGAUAAAAAUUCAGUCUACACCAAAUUAAUCAUCCUAUGCCUUCAGUUUAGUAGACUUAGAAUUUUGUGGAGUCCCUUUUCUCUCUUUACUGUUAAGCUUUUCUGGUCCCUUAAAGUUAAUGCCGAGCAGCCCGACAUCUUCAAAUCCCUGCACAUUGAUAUGACCCUGGAGAGGGACGCCCACCAGCAGCUCGCGAGAGACCCCAGGCGGUGCAAAACGCAGGCCCUAUCAUCAACGGAGCCGCUACCCUCAACGCAACCGCUGUCUAUUUCGAAUAACCCAGAUGGACAGGCAAGCGAACCACUCCCAUCCCUCCAUACCCCAGCGGAACAAUCAAACCAAAACAAACUCCAGCGGCUAGACAGCUGUGAGGACAAAAAUUGGGACAACGAAAACGAACAACCGUCAAACGACUACAAGUACGAAACAAUAAAUGACCUAUUCGAUAAAAAUUUAAACCCCUUGCCAAUCGAUGACGGGACCAGUUAUGCCCUAAGAAGAAUGGACAGCGUCACCAACUGGAACGCCCUGGAAAUAUUGAAAGCCCUCCCAGGCGUUACGGAAAAAAACAUGCACCUGAUUAUCAACAACGUCACCUCAUUGCGUGAACUAUGCGAAAAAACGGUCGAGCAGCUGGAAGCCUACAUGAGCAAGAGCAACGCCAAGAUGCUCUACGACUUUUUAAACACAGACGCGGUGUGA